UUCAAAAAACUCUCCAAAGAAGUUACGAUGGAUUGCAUGAUCAGAUAAAAGAAAUUUUUCUUCAUAUUGCAUGUUUCUAUAAAGGUAGCCAAAAAAGCUAUGUGAUUGAUGUACUAUAAAGCUGUGACCUCGAUCCAAUGUAUGGUCUCAAUGUCCUCGUAGAAAAGGCCUUAAUAAAAAUUGAGAAAGACAAUGGGAUUUGGAUGCAUGAUCUUAUAGAGGACAUGGGAAAAGAAAUUGUUCGGCAAGAGUCUCCUGAGAUAGGAAAACGUAGUAGACUGUGGCUUUACGAGAAUGUUCGCGAGGUCCUUGAGGAAAACACAGGAACGGAUAAAAUUAAAGCCAUUGUGUUGAGAAGCAGAGCUCGUAAUUCACAAAAGAUACAGUUGAACGGCGGAAGCUUCACAAACUUGAAAAAUCUUCAAAUUUUUCAAGAUUGUGUUUGGAUGCUUGAUGGAAAGAGCGUGGAUUAUCUCUCCAACCAGUUGAGGGUCCUUGACUGGCGUUGUUGUUCAUUACAAUCGCUGCCAACGAAUUUUAAUCCGAAGAAACUUGGUAUGCUGCGAAUGAGUGGUCCCUGCACGACUCCUCUGGGAUUGAAAUUGAAGGAAAUGCCACACUUGAAAUCUAUCAGAUUGUGGCGCUGUGAUGGUCUAACCAGAAUUCCCGACUUGUCUGGAUUAACAUGCUUAAAGAACCUGGACCUGUCUGGCUGUGAAGAUUUAGUUGAAGUUGACCCUUCGGUGGGCCGUCUCGAUAAGCUCGUCUAUUUGAGACUCAAGUAUUGUAAAAAGCUCCAGAGGUUUCCGAAGGUGAUCAACUUGAAAUCUUUGGAAACUCUGAAUCUCUCGUAUUGGCCGCUUGAGUUCUUCCCCGAAAUUGAGGGAGACAUGAGGUCUUUGAAACACCUGAAUCUAAGUAGGACUGCCAUCAAAGAGUUACCUUGCUCAGUUGGAAAUCUCACUGGCCUUGAAUCCUUGGAUCUAGAUGGCUGUUAUAAUCUUACAAAUGUACCAUCGAGCAUUUUCUAUGGAUUGCAACGUCUGGAGGAUCUUGAUCUACAGUACUGCUCUAAGCUUGUUACAUUUCCAACAAAGUCAGAAUCACUUCCUCCACCGGUCUUUUCAACUAACCUCACUUCCAGAUUAAAAGUUAAUCUGAGGGAAUGCUCGGAGCUUAAAGAAAUUUCAGAAUUUCCACGAGAAAUAGAUAGCUUAUAUGUGAGUGGUUGUGAGUCAUUGAAAAGAAUUUCGAAGCUGUCAAAUAUUUUGGAGGGGAAAGAUUCAAAAAUGUUCGGUGAGUUGUCCUUCACUUCCUGCCUGAGACUCCGCGACAAUCUGGUUCUGGCCAUGAAGAGCACCAAAAAAUUGAUGAGUGAGGCAGACAAAUUGACGGCUCUGUUGAGACUAUUUUUCUCUUGUGCGAAAUCUGAAGAAUUCCAAGUAGAAUUUCCUGCAAGUGCUCCGAUUCCAAACUGGUUCACCUGCCGUCAGGAUGUGAAAUUGGAUUGGGAUGAGGAUGUGAAUAGUGAAGAGCAUGAGUUUUGCAUUGAACUUCCUCAAAACUUCAAUUGGGACAACAAAGGGUUGGCUCUCUGUAUUCAAUCGUAUCCUGGUAGGCUCACUCAUUUUGUUUACAUCAAUGGAAUAAAGUUUGAUGUGAGAUUAUCCGCGGGUUCGCAUAAAGUGUGGGUGCAUUAUAUUCCAUUCGUUACAGUAAGAAAGAGGUUGAGUGAAAGUGGGAUGCCGCAACCUGAUAUGUUUCGAGUUAAGUUUCGUCUUGAAGCAGAUUAUUUGAGUAGAGGAGAACCGCCUUUUGAGGCAAGCUGGGGAGUCCACCUGAUCGAAGAUUUGGAAGGAGAAGGUCGACGAUAGUCCAGCUGACUUCCAGCAGUUAUGCUGAUUCUGCUGCCACUGAGGAUGACAUUCACACACCCGAGUUACAAAACACUUACCUCAGAAGAACUACGUCUUUAAAAGCAUGAUGCUCAAUCAUCAUAACACAGUGUUAAAGAGUGUUCAAUUUAGAGGAAAUGGUCGAGUGAGUCUUUGGAAUCAAACCUCGAGAGCAUGAUCAAUGGAGUUGAUAAGACCUACACCGAGGGUAUCUAUGUCUGAAUGCCUUGUCUGUUCCAGAGCAGUAAAGACGCACACAUUGAUCAAUAUUUCAGAAAUAAAAGGACAGGUAAAAAUCCUUAUCCAAUGUCUGUAUUAAGUUGAGUUGCGAAGGAACUCGAUGCUCCAGAUAUGGCUGAUACAAUAGAGCAAGUGGAUUAUGUACUUCAUUAGUAAGCAAGGUUGGGUAUACCAUGGAUUUCAUUCAGUUUUUCCAUGCAUAGUCAGACACACCUCAAGAGGGUUUGGUCUCUUUGCAGCUUUGGUAGCAUAGUGAAUUCCGGUCCUGUUCUCCAGUCAAUUGUCACUAUCCCAUUUGCGAGUGUAAUGGAUUCUGUUUCACAAGUUUACUUCCAAUUUCUUGAUGAAUAAUCUGAUUAAGAUUUGAGGAAAACAGCAUUUGGGCCUCCUAAGAAGAAGGCAAUACAUGCCUGUUGCAAGUUUGAGCCAUCCUCGAUAAAAAGGUUCAAAGGGGUAGAAGAGUUGAGGACAACAGCAUGUGGGCCUCUUAAAAAUGUCUGCCCAGAUUGAGGAGGACAUUGAUGCAGAAGAGUUGCAGGCGGGUGGAAGCAUUUCACCUAGAGCUUAUAUUGGAACAACUUGGUGAUCGAUCAACAUAUAGAAGAUGCUGAGAUUUUUAAGGGCCCAGCAAGUGUAGGGUGAUAUGCUCAACUUGAGGAAGGAAUUUUUCUGUUCAACUGUGGUGAAAAUCAGCAAUGCUAUCGUCUUAAGGCAAGCUAAGAUGAAUCUAGAGAUCUGGUCGAGACAAUAAUGAGUCACUGAGUUUAGGUGCUGUCUCCUAAUUACAUGCGCGCAAUGAUCUAUGGCUCUAUGCAGAAUGCAUUGUAAAGUUCUUGCAAGAAGAUUUUGGAUUCUUGGUAGCAGCCUUGCAUGGUGUAUUACAUCCCUACUUUUCCGGUCAGUUCUCAGCAUUACCAGAAGCAGUCUGGAAAUGCCAACAUGGAUCCUGCAUCGUGCAUCUGAAUACCAAUGCAAUCAGUUCGAUUUUGCACAGCUGGUGUCUUAGAGAGACCAUGAUCCUACCUCUGCAGUAGGAAUACAAGACCUGUAUGACUACUUUAUAUACUCAAUGUACCCCCAAAUCUCCAACACAAAUUGUCCCAACUGGUGCAAGGUUAACAACUGACAGAAUGUUGCAGCUCUGUCUCUGGAAGAAUUGGUGCGGGAGAAUAUUAUGAUGGAGUUUAGCAACUGGAUCAAAGGUUUUUCUGUAAGCCUUGCUCUUGGUACAAUCAUGAAAGCUGAAGUCUAGGUUUAUUCAAGGGUCUUCUUAUUCCAGCUUAGUUAAUCUGCAAAGAGCCUAUUCUGUGACACUAGCUGGGACAUCUCAGUGACUCAUGUCCAGGUACAAGGAAGUUGAUGAAACAGCAGAUAACUUGCCAAGCUCGAGCAUCCUUAGCCACUGAUUUGGAACUUUUGGCUAACGAAGUCUUAUGGAUUUGUAAAGACUGGGGUUAUGCAAUAUUGCAAAUGCAAUGCUAGUUUCUUUCACGCUUCGGUGCCAGACUUCAAAAAGAAAGAAAGAAAAAGGGAAUUGCACCCUAUGUAGUUGAAUUUCAGAUACUUACGGCUUUGUGUGCCCUAUGAACCUUUUUUGGCAUGGGAAACUGAUUUCUUUCUCUCCCUUCAAAAUUUUUAGUUGUAUUUUUGUAGUACAUUUAGUUUUUAUUUUUUUAUUUUUAUUUUUUUUUAACUCUUCUGUUCUAAGAGUAGUCUCAUUUUUCCUUGAUCGUUGUUGAUCAAGUUUGGGAGCUAUCUUUCCUUCAUUGUAAGUUUGGGUUCAGUUAUUCCAUCUUCUUGGGCUUGCUCUUUGUCUAA